CAUGAGGACUAUCACUGGGCCAUCCUAUGGGGAAGUGUCUAAACAAACUGUGGGCUUCUGCUGGCUAAACCUUGGAGUUACAGCGACUUUUACGCACGGCUGUCGUCUGCAUGCUGCUGUUUUCUACUUGAAUACGCGGGAUUGGCUCUCCCUGUGCAACACUUAUGAUGGCUUUCACCAUGCUGAGGCCGGUGUCGACGCAUCCCUUCUCUUACCCCGCUGACCUGACCUUGAUGUCGGACGACGAGGAGGGGAACCGCAGCGAGAGCGACGGCAGUAGCACGGACCAGGGCUACGGCUGCUGCGGGAUUCCGGGGGACAGUUACCGGCUGGAGUCCGGCGGCGUGGUGCGACAGCGGAACGCCGCUAACGCCAGGGAGAGAUACCGGACCCAGAACGUCAACACGGCCUUCACGGCGCUGCGGACACUCAUCCCCACGGAGCCGGUGGACAGGAAACUCUCCAAAAUCGAGACACUGCGCCUGGCGUCCAGCUAUAUCUCCCACUUGGCCAACGUGCUGGUGGUCGGGGACGGGAGGGAGGACGGCCAGCCGUGCCUCAGUGCCGUGUACAAGGAGGUGAAGGGGGGUGGAGAAGGCAAACAGCCCCGGACUAUCUGCACAUUCUGCCUCAGCAACCAACGGAAAGGGGUGAAAGACAGACGAGACUGUGUGAAAAGGCACGGAAGCAGUGCGAGACAAAUAAGUCGACGAUGAAACUGGGAGUAGGACUGGAUCUCUUCAGAGCGGACCUCCGCCGACCAUUCCUAGAGUCUAGAAGCAUCUCAGCACCACAACAGUCUUUGAGGACUACUUUGCAUUUUGGGAGUUUGGCUCAUUGGACAUUUUACCCAGUGCCAGAGGACUGGCACCAAAACCAUCUGUGUGUCACCUGCAGAUACAGUAACUCUGUCCAGUGUAAUGGCACAAGGGAAUAUGCAGUCAAAGCUGCAGUAUGGUCAGGGAUAUUCCUUUUUAUUUUAAUGACCAACUACAGUCAAAUUCUACAUGAUGAAUGAUCUUUCAGAAGCAGAAUAUAUUUUGGCCUCUAAGCAUAAUUUUAUAUAUAAAUACAUUUUUUAAACAGGAAGUCAGUAACAGCAGACAGGUUUCGGCAUUAUUUAUUUACUAAAAAAAUCUACGGGCCAUGGAAUACACAACAUUACCGGCUCUGGAAUAGGCCUAAAUCACGAAGAAGUAAGCAAAAGGCUAAUCACCUUUUAUUACUUAAAAGCACAAUCCAUAAUCCAAAUGUAAAUAAAAGGAUAUCCUCUCCAUUCAAGUUCAAAACAAAGGAUCUGAAACAGCUAACAAAUGAUAACUAAAUAUAUACUGUCAAAGUUGUGUGAUGUUACUUAAGGCUUAUUUACAUAAAUAAUAGUUACAUAGUUAUAAUAAUAAUAGUCUAUAGUUACAUAUGUGAACUUACAAGUAAUUUAUAUAAUUUGAUAAUGGUCCUUUAAAGCUGCAGUAGGUAAUUUUUAUAAAAAUAUUUCAUAUUCAUAUUUGCUUAAACUUUCACUAUAUCCUGACAGUAGUACAUGAGACAGACUGAUCUGUGAAGAAAUCAGGUUCCUCUGGCUCAUUCUAUUUGUCCUAAUGACAUCUGAACGUAAACAAUCAAUCAGAACCAAGAAAGAUAGUGUUGGGUCUCAUUCCCAGUGCAUCAUAUACAGACACGUUGGGACCCUGGGAUUAAGACUCAACAGUCAACUAUCUUCAAGCUUUUAACCCAAAAUGUCUAUAUCUUUCUCAGCUCUGAUUCUUGCAAAUGCCAUUAGGAGCACUAGAAUGAGCCAGAGGAACAAUAUCUUUUCACAGAUUAUCUGUCUCAUGUACUACUUUCAGGAUAUAGUGAAAGUAUUAGCAAAUAUGACAAAAAGUAAAUUCUAUACUUACCUAUUGCUGCUUUAAAUAUUGGAUGCCAAUGCAUUCGCAUGACUGCAGCACAGACGGAUCUAUUAGAGACACUGAGAUGCUUUUGGUGCCUAUCUUCUAAUAUACUGUAUUUAAGGGUUAGGGUUAGGGUUACUGACUGACAAGGCAAACUCCUGCAAAAGUUUGCAUCAUUUUAAAUGAUCUUGGGAAGCUAGGCUCACAAAAAGACUUGCAGCCGACAGCAGAGCAGCUUCAGCAAUUUGAGAGGACAGACCACUCCAUCUGCCUAAGCUGGUCAUGUGAAGUUGUGUGCGACAGAAGAUAUCUGUGGGACACUAUUUUGUUUGCUUUUUCAUUACAUGUUGUAAUCUACUUUGAAAUUAAAUUUAUUUUUACAUAGA